AUGCAUAAAAUUAUUUAUUUAUAUUAUAGAAUUGAUAGAAAUUUAUUUCAAUUAAGAAUUUUAGAGAAUGAAUAUGGUAUGUUAUUUAAACAAAAAGCUCAUGAUAAUAAAGAUGUUUUAAUUGAUGCAUCAGGUCAUUGCUUUGUAAUGCCAAUUAAAAUGGGAAAUAAACCACCAAGAUGGUUUACAAUUUGUUCGUUGGAACAUAAAACUUUUAAAUCGGUAGAGUUGAAUAAUUUAUCACCAAAUUGUUUCGAAGUUAUGCAUAUUGGCCAUGAAGAUUUAAAUGAUCCACAAGUUAAUGAAAAAGGUGCUUCGAAAUUCAAAGAACAUACUUUACACAUCUACAGAUCAAAUCAAACUGAUAAUGCUUAUCAAGAAAUGAUCUUUAAAGAUUUUUUUUCAAAUUCUUCAAAUGAUUAUCAAGUUCAAUUUAAUAAUUAUUUUGGUAUAAUUGGAAAAGAAGAAUAA